AUGACAGUUGCCAUUAGAGGUUUAAUGCGUCAUAUCUGGGUAAAUGUCGACCCUCCAAGCAUCCUAGAUUCACUGGAAAAAGAAGCAGCAAUCAAACUUCUUGUAGGUUUUGCGAUUUCCAUGAAGUAUUAUCUUCGUGAAGAAGGAAUUGAACAUGAAGAUCUUAAACCUUAUAUUUCAAAUAUCGUAACUGCUAUCCCGGCUUUUGAACAAUUAAUUGAACAAGAAGAUAAAGUUAUCGAAAAAAAGAAAAAUCCAAGAAUAGACAUCAAACUUUUUAAGAAUAAGAUUGUUGGUGCUUCAGCGGCUAAACUUUUAUUAUAUGACUUGAAUAUUCUUGUCGAUUCUUUAUCUGGCUGCGAAAGAAUUUUAAGAACACCAAUUCCCUUGGCAUAUGCAGUUCAUAUAUCACAAACAGUUUGGCUUUAUUGUAUUUCCUUAUCGUUUCAAUUGGUUUCAACACUUCAUUAUACUACUCUUCCUAUAGUGUUAAUUGCAUCUAUUAUUUUAUUUGGUAUUGAAGCAAUUGGUGAAGAAAUUGAGAACCCGUUUGGAUAUGAUUAUAAUGAUUUGGACUUGGAUGGUUUUUGCAAUGAUAUUAAAGAAGAAGUUGAAACAUUCACGAAAUAUCCACGACCAACUGUUGAAGAUUGGGAACAUGAAACAACCUCGAUUAUUGAUAUUAAAGAAAAGAUUCUUUCGCAUUCUUGUAAUAAUAUUUUUGACAUUAUUUCUGACGUUACAGCAACACAUGAUGAAAUUGAUCCAAAUCCAAAUUU